AUGGGGGACGCCCCGCCGUCGCAUCGCGCGAAGCACAACGCGAGCGACGAGAGCAGCAGCGAGGACGCCAACGAGGGCGAUGGCAACGAGCUCAAGAAGAAGCGGAAAAAGGUGCGCCUCUCCCACGUACUGCUGCGCGCGGCCUCAUUGUCAGGGCAGAAGAAGAACCACGAGCGGACGUUCUUCGCGCAGACGAAGCACGACGACGAGACGGCGGCGCAGAGCGGUGCGGCGGUGCGGGAUGCGCAUCCACCCGGCAAGAAGUAUCGUCUGGCGGACACGAUGAAGGCGAUCAUCUGGCAGCUCGUGUGUCUGAGCAAUGAGGUUGUGCGGUUGGAGAACGGGAAGAAUAUUCUGGAGAACAGCAACCAGGUGGUGAGUGACCAGGGUGUACGGAAGACGCUGCACCAGAAGAUCCCCCAUGCCUUACUGGGUCUAGUGAGCUUCAUGAAGAAGAAAUACGCGAAAGAGGUCAUCGAGAAUGAGGCAUGAUCCCCGCUUGCCGUACCUCCUCUCUGCUUCGCCUGCGUCACUCGUGCAUCUACACUACUUCUCUGGUCUUGUGUGCGUUCGUCUA